AUGAGGGCGGCGGCGGCGGCGCCCGAGCGGGGCUGGAAGAGCGAGAAAGUGGACGAGGCGCAGGCCUUGGCGCGGAGUUGCGCCGCCCGCAGACCCGACUUCCAGCCGUGCGACGGGCUGUCCAUCUGUGCCACGCACAGCCACGGCAAGUGCUUCAAGCUGCACUGGUGCUGCCACCUGGGAUGGUGUCACUGCAAGUAUGUGUAUCAGCCGAUGACCCCCGUGGAGCAGCUCCCCAGCACCGAGAUCCCUGUGAAGCCCCGGGAGCCCACGAACACCAUUCAGAUCUCAGUCUCUCUCACCGAACACUUUCUGAAAUUUGCAUCUGUCUUCCAGCCUCCCCUCCCGCCUGAUUCGCCAAGGUACUGUAUGAUCUCAGACCUCUUUAUUGACAACUAUCAGGUUAAAUGUAUUAAUGGGAAGAUGUGUUAUGUGCAGAAGCAGCCGGCACCACAUUCCCACAAAAUGAGCCCUCAGGAGGUCUCUGCACACGAUGCCUUAAUUUCAAAAGAGAGCAAUACACCAAAAAUAGAUCACUGCUCUUCUCCCUCAAGUUCUGAGGACUCUGGGAUCAAUGCCGUCGGGGCGCACUACGUGGAAUCGUGUGAUGAGGACACGGAGGAAGGCGCAGAACUGAGCUCAGAGGAAGACUACAGUCCGGAGAGCAGCUGGGAGCCGGACGACUGCACCCUCCUCUCCCCGUCGCAGUCGGAUCUGGAGGUGAUCGAGACGAUAGAAACCACCGUGUGA